AUGUGUCGCAAAUACGAAUGCAUGCCUUACAGCCCUCAGCCAUCUAACGAUCUGCCUGACGAAAGAGUAUUCGAAGAUCCUUCGUUUACGAAUGUUGGUCUCAACUUUGUCGGACCACUGUUCAUCGAAACCAAGAGUCCUGAAGUUAAACGAAAUGAAUCGAAGAAGUCUUCGUGCACAGAAAUACGCAAGAUUACACGAUCAGACGAAUUUUGGCGCUACCAAGGAGUUUCCUGGCAUUUAAUCAUUGGAAAGGCCCCGAGGUGGGAAGGUUUUUGGGGAACAUUGGUGCGUAGUAUCAAGAGACCUCUCAAAAAAGUCCUUAGUCGAUCAACUCGAAAUUUCGAAGAGCUCCGGACAGUACUAGUGGAAAUCGAGUCAGUAAUCAAUACAAGACUCAUAACAUACAUAUACGACGACGCAGAUUCAAUUUCUUACCAUUUGACACCUUCGGGUUGUAUUUAUGGUCGCCGGACAAGCUCAGUUCCAAACAGCGCACAUUACGAAAUUAUUAGUACCUACAAGCCAUUGACGAGAAGAGCUCGCCAUUACAAGAGUUUACUUCAGCAGUCAACUAAGAAAUGGAGAAGGGAAUAUCUUACUAGUUUACGAGAGCAGUCGAGCGUUAGCAACAAGGGAAAUGAUGCGAGAGAUAUAUCGAUCGGAGAUGUUGUGUUGCUGAAGAGCGAUUCGACGACAAGAUGUUAUUGGAAACUUGCGAAAGUAGAAGAACUUAUUCCUGGAAUUUAUGGAAGGGUUCGUGUCGCUGUCUUCAAGACAACUAGUAGAGAUAAACGUCCUGUUUAUCUUCGAAGAGUAGUACAACAUUUGAUUCCUAUUGAAGUAAAGGCAAUCAAUGAAGUCACACAUUCAACACAACCUGUUGUUAUUCAACCAGCUGAUCGAAUUGUACGAGAUAAUACUGUAAGACCCCGACGUACUGCAGCGGUUGUUGGAGAAAUCAACAGACAAUUGAAUAGUUCAUGA